AUGGGCUCCCAUGCGGAAGAGCGUGUGGCCAUUGUUGUUGGAGCUACUUCCGGAAUGGGAAUUGAUAUUGCCACGGAUCUGUUCACACGCGGAUGGAAGGUCGCUUGUGUAGGCCGACGUCGUGAAGCGGGGGAGGCUCUUCUCAAGACCCUGCCUGGGGGCAACGCUCUGUUUUUCCCCGCUGACGUGUCAAACUACGAUCAGUAUAAGGACGUCUUUUGCGAGGUUCGCAAAUUAUGGGGCCGAAUUGAUGCGCUUUGUGCCAAUUCUGGUAUCGUCGAUACCUCUUCUAUCUAUAUGUACGAUUGGAAGAAUAAAAGCGUUGAUGAGGUUCCUCCGGCCCCCAAAUUGGAUGUCGUGGAUACCAACUAUAAGGGAGUUGUUUACGGGACCCAGUUGGCGACGCAUUUCAUGAGGUAUAAUCCUCAGCCUGGAGGUCGCAUUGUGAUCACAGGAAGUAUUGGGGGUGUCUUUCCCCACGAGUCUUAUCCAGUUUACUGCGGCACCAAGGCGGCAGUAAACCAAUUUGUGCGUGGCAUGGCCCCACUACUGAAGCAGAAAGAGAAUAUCUUGAUCAAUGUCGUGAUGCCCGGAAUGGUGGCAACUCCUAUCAUGAUUGCGGCUGUUACUCCUGAAUGUCUGACCCCCGUGAAAACAGUCUUGAAAGCAUACCAGGUAUUUCUCGAAGAUACCACAGGAAUGGCUGGCGAAACACUUGAAUGUUCAGCUGACAAGCUGAUCUACUACCCCAUGCCCGAGUAUGGCAACGGGCACAUCACGAAACGGGCCGUCACAGUCUGGGAGCCGUUGUUUCGCAUGAUGCAUGGUGAAGAUUCACAGCUACCGGAUGCAAUUGCGUGA